UCUCCCGCCCGUGGCGGGGCUGCGUCUACUGCGGAGGGUGCGGGAGGCUGCGGCGGCCGUGGCCGGGGUCCGGGCCGGGAGGCUGAGGCUGGCACGGCGGGCGCUGGGGGCGCUGCCCCCGAGGCGAUGAUGGGCAAGGAGGAGGAGAUAGCGCGGAUCGCCCGGAGGCUGGACAAGAUGGUGACCAAGAAGAGCGCGGAGGGAGCCAUGGACCUGCUGCGGGAGCUGAAGGCCAUGCCUGUCACACUGCAUCUGCUGCAGUCCACCCGUGUUGGCAUGUCCGUCAAUGCCCUGCGGAAGCAGAGCUCAGACGAGGAGGUCGUCACACUAGCCAAGUCCCUCAUCAAGUCCUGGAAGAAGCUCCUGGAUGCUUCAGACGCCAAAGCCAGGGAGCGGAGAAGGGGCGGGUCUCUGCCCACAUCAUCCUCCAAGGAGGCCUCCGAGGCCCAGGACCCCAGCCACAAGAGGCCAGAGCUGCCCAGGACACCCUCGACACCAAGGAUCACCACGUUUCCCCCGGUGCCAGUCACCUGUGACGCUGUGCGAACCAAGUGUCGUGAGAUGCUGACUGCUGCCCUGCAGACAGACCAUGACCAUGUGGCCAUUGGUGCAGACUGCGAGUGCCUGGCGGGUCAGAUCGAAGAAUGUAUCUUCCGGGACGUGGGAAACACAGACAUGAAGUACAAGAACCGCGUGCGGAGCCGCCUCUCCAACCUCAAGGAUGCCAAGAACCCUGGCCUGCGGCGCAAUGUGCUGUGUGGCGCCAUCACACCCCAGCAGAUCGCUGUCAUGACCUCAGAGGAGAUGGCUAGCGAUGAGCUGAAGGAGAUCCGCAAGGCCAUGACCAAGGAGGCCAUCCGCGAGCACCAGAUGGCGCGCACAGGUGGCACACAGACGGACCUGUUUACCUGCGGCAAGUGCAGAAAGAAGAACUGCACCUACACACAGGUGCAGACCCGCAGCUCUGAUGAGCCCAUGACCACCUUCGUUGUCUGCAACGAGUGUGGGAACCGCUGGAAGGUAGGGGUGAGCCCAGGCCGUCCUGUUUUUGGAGGUGGUGGUCUGAAGUGUGAAAUUGGGGAUGGCCAUGCCAGCCAGGCUCUCGGGAGCUGUGACGGUGGUGGAUGGAGACCCCAGCCCUGCCUCCUGCCCUCUGGGGUCCUGCAGGCCACAUGGCGGCUGCCUCUUGUCUGUUUCUUACAGUUCUGCUGAGCCCUUGUGCACGUGUGCCUGCAGCCUUGGGCCGUGGCCUCUGCUGGCCAGUGCCCUUUCCCCAUCCUCUGCCGACAGAUACAGACACAGCUUCUUGGAAACCUGCCCUCAGAAGGCAGCACACCCUGCCCCCUGUCCUACCUGCAGCGCACCUUUCCCCUCAAAUCAUUAAAUGUUUCUUUUUGCCAC